AGGGAGAAGAAGAAGAAAAAAAGAGCCGUUGCGCGCCGUGACGUCACCGCCGCCUCCCUUAACCCUUCCGUGCCCGGCGGCCGCGGGCGACGCGGGCUCAAUGCGCAGGCGCCAAGGCUGCUCCUGUCGCCGCCACCGGGCAGCAUGAGCCAGGCCGCUGCCACCGUCCUGGCCCCGCCAGGCCCCGCCGCCCGCGCCCUGCAUGUGGAGCUGCCCUCGCAGCAGCGGCGUCUUCGGCACCUUCGGAACAUCGCAGCCCGGAACGUCAUCAAUAGGAACGGCUUUCGUCUCUUGGAUACUUACUUCACCCUUCACUUGUGUGAUAAUACAAAGAUCUGCAAAGAAUUCUAUAAGAGCGAAGUAAUAAAGAACUCUCUGAACCCAACAUGGCGGAGUCUUGACUUUGGACUAAUGCCCGAUCGCCUCGAUACGUCUGUGUCCUGCUUCGUGGUGAGGAUAUGGGGUGGGAAGAAGGACACUUACCAGUUGCUGAUAGAGUGGAAAGUCAACCUAGAUGGACUCAAAUAUUUGGGCCAGCAGAUACACGCUCGUAGCCCAAAUGAAAUAAUUUUCGGGCUGAAUGAUGGUUACUAUGGAGCCUCCUAUGAACAAAAGGGCCACUCAGGAACCCAGAAGAACAGCCUUCUCCAGGUGGAUCAGAACUGCGUCCGGAACUCCUACGACGUCUUCUCUUUGCUCAGGCUGCACCGGGCCCAGUGUGCAAUUAAACAGACUCAGGUCACCGUUCAGAAAAUAGGAAGAGAGAUCGAAGAGAAGCUGAGGCUGACCUCGACCAGCAACGAACUGAAGAAAGAGAGUGAGUGUUUACAGCUGAAGAUCUUGGUGCUUCGGAGCGAGCUGGGGAGACAGAAGAAAGCUCUGGACCGAGAGGUGGCUUUACUGCAUAAGAAGCAGAGCACGCUCUACGAGCGAGGUGAGCUUGAAUGGCAGCCACCUCUCCACACCAGGGAGCGGCAAGGGUGGUCUGCGUGCAAGCAGGGGCUGAUGGAUUCAAGAGCACCGGAGUUCAUUCCCAAUCAGUAG